CUUCCUGUGUUUCACUUUCCUUUUGAGUUCACGGGUUUAUCGAACCUGGACAUUAUGGGUGUUAAGGCAUUAGAUUACGAGUCACUGAAUGAAAAUGUGAAGGAAGUUCAAUAUGCAGUUAGAGGUGAGUUGUAUCUUCGAGCUUCUGAACUUCAGAAGGAGGGGAAGAAGAUUAUUUUCACAAAUGUUGGCAACCCUCAUGCUCUUGGACAGAAGCCGCUGACUUUCCCUCGUCAGGUGAUUGCUCUAUGCCAGGCUCCAUUUCUGUUAGAUGAUCCUAAUGUAGGACAGUUGUUUCCUGCAGAUGCAAUUGCAAGAGCUAGACAUUAUCUUUCAUUGACUCCUGGUGGUCUAGGUGCAUAUAGCGAUUCCCGAGGUCUUCCGGGCAUAAGGAAGGAAGUCGCCGAAUUCAUCGAAAGGCGUGAUGGAUAUUCUAGUGACCCGGAGCUCAUAUUUCUCACGGAUGGUGCCAGCAAAGGCGUGAUGCAGAUUUUGAAUUGUAUUAUCCGUGGUCAAGGGGACGGGGUUUUGGUUCCUGUCCCGCAGUAUCCGCUUUACUCAGCUACUAUCUCUCUCUAUGGUGGUUCUCUUGUUCCAUACUAUCUGGAAGAGUCUGCAAACUGGGGUUUGGAUGUUAAUAAUCUUCGUGAAUCAGUUGCACAGGCUCGCUUUAACGGAAUAACAGUUAGAGCAAUGGUAAUCAUCAACCCCGGCAACCCUACCGGUCAGUGUCUCAGUGAAGCAAACUUGAGAGAAGUAUUGAACUUCUGUCACCGAGAAAACUUAGUUUUACUUGGAGAUGAGGUUUAUCAACAGAAUAUAUACCAGGAUGAGAGACCCUUUAUAAGUUCUAGAAAGGUUUUGAUGGAUAUGGGGCAACCCAUUAGCAAGGAAGUCCAGCUUGUUUCUUUCCACACUGUAUCUAAAGGAUAUUGGGGUGAAUGUGGGCAGCGAGGCGGGUACUUUGAGAUGACCAACAUUCCUCCAAAGACAGUUGACGAGAUCUACAAGAUUUCAUCAAUAUCACUCAGUCCAAAUGUUCCUGCUCAGAUUUUUAUGGGAUUGAUGGUCAACCCACCCAAAGCUGGAGACAUUUCAUAUGAGCAAUAUGUUCGGGAAAGCAAAGGAAUCCUUGAAUCCUUGAGGAGAAGAGCAAGGAUGAUGACCGAUGGAUUCAACAGCUGCAAAAAUGUUGUUUGUAAUUUCACUGAAGGUGCCAUGUAUUCUUUUCCUCAGAUCCGUUUGCCUCCGAAAGCAAUCGAAGCAUCCAAAAAUGCAGGAAAAGUUCCAGAUGUUUUCUAUUGCCUCAAAUUAUUGGAAGCAACUGGCAUCUCCACUGUCCCUGGUUCUGGAUUUGGUCAGAAAGAAGGGGUCUUCCACUUAAGGACGACUAUUUUACCGGCCGAGGAAGACAUGCCUGAAAUCAUGUCGAGUUUCAAGAAAUUCAAUGACGAAUUCAUGGAGCAAUACGAAGCUGUUAAAAUCUGAUAUGAUGA